ACAUACCCCACCGCCCUCUACGUAGCCGUCAAGGAGGGCAAGGAGAGCGUGGUGGAGGAGCUCAUUGAUAAAGGCAAAGCUGACAUCAAUGCGGAAGGCGGUCUGUACAACACACCGCUCGGGGCGGCAAUUAACGCGGGCGAUGACGAGCUCGCAGUGGUGCUGCUUGCGAGGGGUGCUGACCCAAGCAAGAGCGCCGGUCUUUUCUCCAACGCGCUGAGCGCAUCCGUG